CCUUGUUAUUUUGCUUUUUAAAUCUCCCUUGUUUUGCUAUUUAAAUCUCCCUUGUUGUUUUGCUAUUUAAAUCUCCCUUGUUGUUUUGCUAUUUAAAUCUCCCUUGUUGUUUUGCUAUUUAAAUCUCCCUUGUUGUUUUGCUUUUUCAUCAGUGGGUUUAUUUUCCUCUUAAAGUCUUAAAGCAGCCAUGCCAAAUUGUCUCUCUUCAGUCCAGCUGCCUGCCCACACAGUGUGUGUGUGUGUGUGUAUGUGUGUGUGUGUGAUCUGACCCCCAGCACUCUCAUUGGACCAGUGCUGAGGAAAGUGGGUGUGUCCCCACCAGCUAGUCCGGCCCCCUCAGCACAGCAGUGCUGGUGUUGUAAAGUACUUUACCGUCCCGUAUGUUCAGUCUUCUACACUCAACUCAAUUGUUCCUGUUCCUCUGCUCCAGAUGCUGAGUGUGAGCAAGAGCUAGACAUAGACACAGACACAGACACACACUCACACACACACAGGACACUGACAGAGGACUGAGGCAGAAAACUGGACUUCCAUCAACACCUCUGAAGAAGACUAAGAAAAUAAGAGCCUUGCUUAGAGUUGAGAGGGAGGGAAGGCGGCAGUAGCGCGUGCAGACGGCAGAGAGGAAAGGAGAAAGGAAGAGAGGAAUAGACGAGAAGAGCUGGCUGCACAGCAGGUUGCCCACUCUCUGACAGCAGAGAAGUCCAUGACCCUGAACUAACACAGCGAUGGACAGGAAAAGUGCCAAUGGCUACCCUAAGGCCGGAGGAGAGAGUGGAGGUGGGGGUCAGAAGAAGCAGCUGCCCUACUCCGUAGAGACCCCCUACGGCUUCCACCUGGACCUCGACUUCCUCAAAUAUGUGGACGACAUCGAGAAAGGCAACACCAUCAAGCGGGUCCACAUCCAGCGCAAGGCCAGGGGUCCUCCUAAGUUCAGCACCCUGCCCAGGAACUUCAGCCUGCCUGGGCAUGGGGCACGAUCGGCCCCCAAGGACACCUGGUCUUCCACCUCUACUCUGGGACCCAAGCCCCGAGGCAGAGUCACAGAGGUCCAGCAGUUCUUGGAUUUUAGAGCCAGUGAUGGAGGCAGUGGUAUGGCGGGGGGGCAGAGCCAGAGCAGCAGGGCGCAGGGGAGGGGCUUAUCCCCGGCCAGGCCCAGGGAGGAGGCAGGGGCUGGUGUGUCAGCCGAGAAGCCCCUGGGGAGGCCCAACCUCCUCCGUACAUCCAGCAUGCCCAUUACCAUCCCUCACAGGAAGGCCUCCGAGUCCGGGGACGAGAGAACCGAGAACGGCUCAUCUGAGAACGUAUUCCGCGCUGUGCCCCAGGACAGGUCGGGGCUGCACCAGCAGAUCACCGCGGCCCUGAAGAGGGUCAGAGAGCUGGAGGAUAUGGUGAGGACCAUCCCAGAGCUCAAGUCCCAGAUCUGCUCACUGAGGGAGGAGAGAGAGCAUCUGAUCCUCAGGCUGCAGGCCCAAACCAAGCCCCAGGCUCCACCCCCCCCACAACGUGCCUCGCCCUCUCCGGCUCAGAUCAUUGAUCCUCAGCCUCCGGGGUCUGGAGCAGUAGUUGAGACAGAGACAGAAACACAACAGGAAUCCUUAAGAAGUACUGCACAAGAAGCAGAAGCAGAUAGGCUUUUAGCAGCACAGGCAUCAGAGGGACCAGACCGACAAAGAGAGGCAUUAGUGAAUCCAUUAGAGAAAACAGCAGAGCUAUCAGAGGACGCUACAGUACAGAAAGCACCAGAACCUUCAGAGAGAGGAGUGAUUGUCCAAGUCAUAGAGGGAGUCAGUGGUGAGGGGGAUCUCCUCAGCAUCGAACAGCUCCAGGCUAAGCUAGUAACACUAGAGGCUAAGUUAAGUCAGGCUAGUGAAGAGCUGGAGGAAACCAACAGUCUCCUCAGACAACAGGUAGAGGACAACAGGAUGAAGCAGGAGAGGAUACUUCAGCUAAGCGAGGGAGGGAGAGAGGGAAAGGAGGAGGUGUGUGGGGAGAGACAUACAAGUAGGAGGACCAGUGUGGACCAGCAGACAGAGACCGAGAGAGUGGUCAUUAUAAACCAGGGGACAGAGUCAGAGAGGGCUGAUAUGGUGGAGCAGGAGACUGAUACAGAGAGGAUAGUGAUAUGUUUAAUCAGAGAGAGAGCUAACAGUGUGGACCAGGGGACAGAGACGGAGAGAGUGGAAGCGGUGAACCAGGUGGCCGAGACAGAGAUGAUUAUUGCAUGCCCAGUCAGACCAAGGGGCAACAGUGUGGAUCAGGGGACAGAGACAGAGAGAGUGAACACUGUAAACCAGGUGACAGAGACAGAGAAAGUGGACACUGUAAACCAGGUGACAGAGACAGAGAAAGUGGACACUGUAAACCAGGUGACAGAGGCACCCCCUGGAGACAGAUUAGACCAGGGGACAGAGACACAGACAGUAGUCAGUGUGGACCAGAUGACAGACACAGCACCUGUACGUCCAGUGAGACCAGCAAGACACAGGGCUAACAGUGUGGACCAAUGUAGAGAGACACAAAUACAGGCAGGAGUCAGUGUAGACCAUGGGAAAGAGACAGUGGAUACUAUGAACCAGCUGACAGAGACACAGACAGCACCUGUACGUCCAGUGAGACCAGCAAGACACAGGGCUAACAGCAUGGACCAGGGGACCGAGACAGAGAGAGUGAGUACAGUGGACCAGGUGACAGAGACAGAGGCAGCACAGAGUGCAGACCAGCAAACAGAGACAGAGAGAGACAGAGGUGAGACUAGCAAUACCCCACAUAGAGCUAUAGAGAUAGAAAGUGCAGCUAUAGUAAGUGCAGCAAUAGAAAGUGCGGUCACAGAAAUUUCUGGAGCAGAAAUUGAGGUCGCAGAAAGUGCUGUCAAAAAUGGGGAUAUCACUGAGAGUGCUGUAACUGAAGAAGGUUUUGUGAUUAUAGAAUGUGUGGACACAGAAAGUAUGGUCACAGAGAAUGUGGUCACAGAAAAUGUUGGCACAGAAAGAAUGGUAACAAAGAGACAAGAAGUGGUAGUAGAGAAUGCAGUUGAACAAAUUACAAUGACUGAAAGUGUGCUUAAACAGAGUAUGACCACAGAGGGUAUGGUCAUUGAGAGUGUGGUCCCAGAAGAGAGUGUGGUCACAGAAGACAAUGUGGUCACAGAAGACAAUGUGGUCCCAGAAGACAAUGUGGUCACAGAAGACAAUGUGGUCACAGAAGACAAUGUGGUCACAGAAGACAAUGUGGUCACAGAAGAGAGUGUGGUCACAGAAGACAAUGCGGUCACAGAGGAGAGUGUGGUCACAGAAGACAAUGUGGUCACAGAAGAGAGUGUGGUCACAGAAGACAAUGCGGUCACAGAAGAGAGUGUGGUCCCAGAAGACAAUGCGGUCACAGAAGAGAGUGUGGUCCCAGAAGAGAGUGUGGUCACAGAAGACAAUGCAGUCACAGAAGAGAGUGUGGUCACAGAAGUCUCUUUCCCCUGUCUCUGUCCCCUGGUCCACACUGUUAGUGUGGUGAAAGAAACUCCCGUAGUCCCAGAGAGUCCAGUAGCAGCACCCACCCCCUCUUCCAGCCAGACCCAGCCUCAACCGGGUCAGAAGGAGUCUGUGCAGCCCCAGGCCCAGCCUCAGACCCAGGACCCUCGUCGGGGCUCCAACCCAGCAUUAGGCCAGGUAGUAACACGCCUCACAGGGCUGAUUAACGAGCAGUGGGCCCAGCUGGGUAGCAGCCAAGAGAAGCCGGACAAGCAGGAGACCUCCAGCACCAGCACCCAGAAGCUUGCAGCCGGGCAGGGGAAGCCUUCAACGGGCAAAUCAGCAGGGAAGUCAGGGCCGUCUAAGAUGAGCUCCAUCCAGAGCCAGCUGGUCAGCUCCCUCAGUGCCCUGUCUGCAUUCUACUCCCCUGGACAGAAGGCUGCUGCCAACAAACAACAAGGUCUGAAAUCCAUCAUGAAGAAGAACGGUGCUGCUGACAAGCAGGGGAACAGAGGAGGAGCCAAGAAGAACCUCAAGUUUGUGGGAGUCAACGGAGGCUUGGUGAAUUUCUCUCUCUCAACAAUGGAGGAGCAGAGCAGUUGUGGACCUGGGUCUGCUCAGUGCUGGGGGGCUGACUCUCCUCUUGGGGCUGCUCGUAUGCAGGACAGUUUGAGGAUGAGGUAUGAGACCACCUCCAGUGAGGAGGAGUCGAGCGGGGAGGAAAAGGAGGAGGCCGAAGAGGUGGACAGCUCUGAGCCUGAGGAGAUGCAGGAGGAUCAGGGGAAGGAGGAGGAGCAGGAGGAGGGAGCUGGAGAAUCCCAGGGCCAGGGAGAGGACACUGCCACAGGAGAGAUGGCCCAGGGAGCAGGCCCUCAGGCUGGGGAGACAGAGGGCCAGGGAAACCCUCAAGACCCAGAGUCCAGCCAGGCACUCCUGGAGGAGCAGCCAGAAGCAGGGGAGACGAUAGAUAAGGACUUCAUGGAGGCGUGUCACUACAUUAAGGAUCGUAUGGCAGAGGUGGCAACCCCUGAUAAAGAAAUGAGACACAUCCUGACCGUGUUGUACCAGGAGUGGUUCCGUGUGUCCAGUCAGAAGGACUCGCUGGCCGACACUGUCACCCUCUACCUGAGAGAGGUGGGCAUCGCCACGCCAACCCUCCUGCGUUACAUCGUAAACCUGGCCGAUGGUAACGGCAACACAGCGCUCCACUACAGCGUGUCCCACUCCAACUUCCCUGUGGUCAAACUGCUGCUGGACACUGGUCUGUGUGAGGUGGACACCCAGAACAAAGCAGGCUACACAGCGGUAAUGCUGGCCUCUCUGACAGCUGCUGAUGGAUCAGACGACAUGGAGGUGGCUCUACAGCUACUGAGACAGGGAGAUGUCAAUGCCCGAGCCAGCCAGGCAGGGCAGACGGCCCUCAUGCUGGCCGUCAGCCAUGGUCGCACAGCCAUGGUGCGGUUGCUGCUGAGCUGCCAGGCUGACCUCAACAUUCAGGACAAAGACGGUUCGACUGCACUCAUAUGUGCGUGUGAGCACAGUCACGUGGAGAUCGCUCGGAUACUACUUGAGUCUGACCACUGUGACACCAGCCUCACAGACAAGGAUGGUCAGAGUGCUCUUUCGGUUGCGGUAGCGGCCUCCCACAGUGAGCUAGUUGACCUUCUGAAGACCCAUUCUGACUCCACCACCCAGGCCUCUAACCUCUCCUCCACCACCACCUCAGCCACCAUUAUCACCACCACCACCGCCUCUCUCCUCUGAGUCCUCUCCAGAAGCCCCUCUCUAACCCCCACCCCAACACAGAACUCUCCCACCCUAGACCCACCGUAGCCCGGACCCCAUUCGCCAGACCCAACCCUACCCUAGACCCACCGUAGCCCGGACCCCAUUCGCCAGACCCAGCCCUACCCUAGACCCACCGUAGCCCGGACCCCAUUCACCAGACCCAACCUUACCCUAGACCCACCGUAGCCCGGACCCCAUUCGCCAGACCCAACCCUACCCUAGACCCACCGUAGCCCGGACCCCAUUCGCCAGACCCAACCCUACCCUAGACCCACCGUAGCCCGGACCCCAUUCGCCAGACCCAACCCUACCCUAGACCCACCGUAGCCCGGACCCCAUUCGCCAGACCCAACCCUACCCUAGACCCACCGUAGCCCGGACCCCAUUCGCCAGACUCAACCCUACCCUAGACCCACCGUAGCCCGGACCCCAUUCGCCAGACCCAACCCUACCCUAGACCCACCGUAGCCCGGACCCCAUUCGCCAGACCCAACCCUACCCUAGACCCACCGUAGCCCGGACCCCAUUCGCCAGACCCAACCCUACCCUAGACCCCCAUGGAGGACAGACAAAGGCUGUAUUCACCACCACUCAGCUCACAGGCCUACUGGACCUGUGCUGCAAGGAACCAGAAAAACACACAUUAUUCACAUUUCUGCCAAUAUUCCGUGGGCGGGACUCUGGAGUUAUGUAUCAACCGUUUGGCAGCCAGCCAAUCAGAGAGGGACCUGUGUGUGUCAAUCAAAGAACCCGUAGCCGUGGCGACAGUGGGGAUCGACAGGUGAUCCAUGAAGAGUGCAGAAAGACAACAGAAGGAUGAUGGAUUGAUGCUUUCCAAAAAAAAAUGCUCUUCAGGCAAAAAUCUUCUUAAGCACAUGAUCUACCUUCAAAAUCUGUCAUAUUAUUAUCAAUAAUAUGGUUAUUCUUCCUUUUUAUUCCAAUGAUGACAUUACUAUUAUUUUAUAUUUGGACAUAAGCCAUUUAUUAAACCAUAAAGUCAAUGUUAUAAUAGUGUUUUAUCAGACACACAAAGUAUAUUUAUUUUGCGUUGCACUUUGUUUCACUCUGUUUGAUUGCUAUUCAGACUGUACAUAUCAUAUCCAUGCUUGGUUUGUUUUCAUCAGUAUGACUUAACGAUUGACUCACUGGGAGGUCUUCCAAUAUGAAGGGUGUAUAGUAGGAUGCAGCAUGCAGCAAUAUAAUAACAAAAGGCAGAAUCUUCCGAAGCUACUAAACUGCAGUAUGAUGUAGUAACUCUCCACUUACUACUCUUCUCAACGAUCUACAACUCUUUUUCUCUUUCUCGCUCUCAUGCACUAGCCUGGUCUCAGAGCAUUUCAUAUGUUUCUGUACGUACAGUAAAUCCUAGACAUUCCAUUUAGUAUGAUAUGUAACGUUUUGUAUGGUAUGUAUUCAAAUGUGGUUAUCCAUCACCCGUUUCGUAUGGUAUAUUACGGAUUACAAUUCAUAUUAUAUGUUACGAAUUUUCAUAACAAACAAUAUUUAAUGAAUUUGCUAAACGUAUGAUAUGUAACGAAUUCUAGCUGGUGGCUAAUGUUAGCUAGCGCGCUAAAGUUAGCUAGGCUAGUGGUUAGGGUUAAUUAUUAUUAUUUUAUUUAGUACUUUUACCCUUUUUUCUCCCCAAUUGGUGGUUACAGUCUUGUCUCAUCUCUGAAACUCCCCUACGGACUCGGGAGAGGCGUAGGUCGAGAGCCAUGCGUCCUCCAAAACUCGACCCUGCCAAGCCGCACUGCUUCUUGACAUACUGCUUGCUUUACCCGGAAGACAGCCGCACCAAUGUGUGUCAGAGAAAACACCGUCCAACCGACGACCGAAGUCAACUUGCAGGCUCCCAGUCCACCACCUUCCCUUAACCCAGACGACGCUUGGACAAUUGUGCGCCGCCUCAUGGGUCUUCCAGUCAAGGCCGGCUGUGACACACUACCUGGGGCUGUCGUGAUGCCUUAGGCCGCUGCGCCACUCGGAAGGCCAGGGUUAGGGUUAAGUUUAAAGGGUUAAGGUUAGAGUUAGAGGAAGGGUUAGCUAAACGGGUUAAGGUUAGGUAAAGGGUUAGUUAAAAGGGUUAAGGUUAGGGUUAGGGCAAGGGUUAGAAAACAUGCUAAAUAGUUGCAAAAUAUUUGUAAGUAGUUGAAAAGUUGCUAAUUAGCUAAAAGUUUUCAGCAAUGAAAUUCGCAACCUUUGGAUUGCCAGACGUUUGUGUUAUACACUCACCCAUCCACCCCUAGAUGUUUGUGUUCUACAUCCACCAAUCCACCCCUAGAUGUUUGUGUUCUACAUCCACCCAUCCACCCCUAGAUGUUUGUGUUAUACACUCACCCAUCCACCCCUAGAUGUUUGUGUUAUACACUCACCAAUCCACCCCUAGAUGUUUGUGUUCUACAUCCACCCAUCCACCCCUAGAUGUUUGUGUUAUACACUCACCCAUCCACCCCUAGAUGUUUGUGUUAUACACUCACCCAUCCACCCCUCGAUGUUUGUGUUCUACAUCCACCCAUCUACCCCUAGAUGUUUGUGUUCUACAUCCACCCAUCCACCCCUAGAUGUUUGUGUUAUACACUCACCCAUCCACCCCUAGAUGUUUGCGUUCUACAUCCACCCAUCCACCCCUAGAUGUUUGCAUUCUAUAUCCACCCAUCCACCCCUAGAUGUUUGUGUUAUACACUCACCCAUCCACCCCUAGAUGUUUGCGUUCUACAUCCACCCAUCCACCCCUAGAUGUUUGCAUUCUACAUCCACCCAUCCACCCCGACCAACCACCCUCCUUUCGUAUUUGCCUUAAGUAACCAUCUGUCUUACGUAAUCAUAUCAUACUAAAUUGGGUGUCUUGGAUUUACAUGCAGAAUAAUACAAAAUGCUCUGAGACCAGGUGGCACGCGCACACACACACACACACACACACGCACGCACGCACGCACGCACGCACACGCACACACACACACACACACACACACACACACACUCUCUUCCACUGUAAUGUAUCAUUCCCUUUGACUGCCUGCUUUAUAGAUUACAAAUCAAAUAAUGUAUGCAACCAAAAUCGCUACAAAAUGCACAAAGAAUGUCAGUUUUACAUUCCAGAAUCCAGAUAGCAUUCAGCAGGCCUCCUAAGGAACAACAUCACAGCACUUAGCACAGGAAGCAACACAGUAGAGAUCUCUCCAUUACUUGCCAGACUAGUAACAUGUUCUCUACUGUCCUCUGCAGUCAGUGAUGUUACACAGCUCUUUCUCCCAUGUGGACACAAAUACAGGUUUCACUGCUAGAAAAGUAGAAAUGUUGUUCUUAGGGGGAUUGUGCCUCUCUCUUCCACCCCAAUUUUCUCUCUAUAUUGAACAAUAGGGCACUGGUGCAGAGAAAUGACAUGAGAAUAUACUAUCUAUCCUAUCAGAAAAUGAAGAGGUCCCAAAGGAGAGGUGCUGUACUCACCAGGUGGAGUGGUGCUGUCUCUCUUUCUCACCUGUUUAUCACAAGGCAGGCCUAGGAGCUGAAGACUGACCUCAACUGGUUAAAGGUCUAUAUGGAAAUCUAACUGUACAUACAUAUACAGUAUUGUGGAAAAUAUAUCUGGUAUGGUCUGACAUUUGCUCUUAAAUAUAUUUAGUAUUUAUUAAAAAUGCUAUAUUUUUACAAUAUACAGUAUAUGCAUGGGCCAAUAGUCCAAUGAUUGUGUUGGAAUAUGUGAAUUUAUUGGUUCUUCUGGAUGGUAUAUAUAAGCUAAUUGGUCUACUUUAAAAAGCAAUGUAACUUUUCAUUGGUUGGGUGGUUCACGUUCGUCUCUCAUUGGACAAAGCUGUGUGCUGUACUGUGUCAACAGGACUGACUGUUGUGAGACUGUACUUCUACAUUACAAUCAGAUGAAAACAGCUGUACCUGCCUGUAAUAUUCCUACUGUCAAAUGGACUUUUAUGUUAACCAUUUACAAAUCAAAGAAUUGCUUCUAAAUAAAAAGGAGACUUUGA